CACCGAUCCGCGCUUCUGGGAAGCGUACCAAAAGAACUUGUACUAUGGCGGUGAAGGUGGCAUUCUUGGUGCACUCAACCGUACCAACACCACUGCGGUCCUGCUGCCCACCCAACUGAGCCCUUCGAUACCAGCCUUGGUUGGUAGUCCGGUUGUGACGGUGCCCAUGGGCUUCUAUCCGUACGACUGGAAUGUGACGAUGAAUGGAUUCGGCAAUCUGGUCGCGAGCGGUCCGAACAUUCCCUUUGGGCUGUCUUUCUUGGGAGAAAAAUGGAGCGAAGAGACUCUGAUUGGAUACGCGUAUGCAUAUGAGCAGCGCACGUUGCAUCGCUCGAAAGUACAGCCAUAUAUCAGGCCAAACAUUGAGUUGAAAGACGUCGUCGUUGUUGAUCAGGGGCCGCAGCAUUAUGAGCUUUGAGAGGCCGUCGUCAUGGAGACACCAGCACGUCUCUAGUGCGUGUUCAACAUGCUAUAAUCGAACAACCGCUUACUACCACUCGUGCUUGUAUUGCGUCUGCCAACAAGCUGAACUUCAUACUGAACAUUCGGAUACCGCCCCUGUCUCCAGUGCACUGCCCCUUCGACCUCGAAAUCUCCACGACAAGACUCAUCAUGCGCAACAUACUACUCGAGGUGGAGCGCAAGUUCUGCGGACUGGCAGUACCACACUUGAUCGCAAAUGCCGGCGUGCCAUGCUUUCACAAACUACAAUUCCUGGGCGAACAGAAGUUUCAAGACACGUACUACGACAAACACAACCAGCUCUCGCAGAGCGGUCUCUGGGUCCGCAAAAGACAAAUCGCCGGCAGAGAUGCAGCCUGGGAGGCGAAGAUCCGCAAAGGUGGCGACUUCGUCAACUCCUCAUUCGAGGAACUGACGGAUCCCCCGGCGAUCGCGCACUGUGUGGCACAAAUGACAGGUCACCACGAGUCGGCAGCGUAUGACUUUGGGUUAGGAGUGUUGGCAACUUUGACUACGCAGCGCAAGACUUGGUUGGCAGAUGAGAAAUUCAAGAUUGUUCUGGACUCGAUGGUGGACUUGGGACAUGAAGUCGGCGAAGUCGAACUGGAGCGCAGAGUUGCAGUGCCGCGGCAACAGGAUUCUUCUGUCGUCUGUGAUGUUGAGCUGUGGAAGCGUAAUCUCACGCAAGAUAUGGACCGGCAAAUUCAAGAGUUCAUGCAGCGAUAUCAUUGGGCAUUUCGGAGUGGCGUGCCCAAGGGAAAGCUGACUGCGUACUUUGAGAGACGACGUUGAUUUUUUGUUUUCUUUUUCUCUCAUUCUGUCUGUGGACAUGCAAGUCAUGCAAGAGAAGUUUCUACGAUACAAACCCAGAAUCAGGAAGUCAAACCACUCAAAAUCCUCUACCACUCCAACUCUUUGGACUUUUCCUCAUCAACACAACUCGAGCCUUUCUGAUGCGCCUGCCAGUCAUACAAACCCC